GCCCGGCGCCGGUCGCAUUCAGUUUUUCCAACUUUAUAACUAUCUUUUAAUAAUCUUUACCUUUCGAUCUUCCAAUCCACCACACAACCUUCAAGAUGCAAUACUCAUCAGCAAUCCUCCUCACGGCCUUCGCUGCCACCAAUGUCUUCGCCCACGGUGUCAUUGACUCCGUUCAAGGUGCCAACGGUGUGACCAUGCCAGGUCUCUCAGUUGCCGACGGAACUCCUCGUGAUUGCGCUACCCCAGCCUGCGGUGCUGAGGCCGACACCUCCAUCAUCCGCCAGAACGAGAUCGGCACCAGCAAGGCCACCGCUCUUGGCCGAACCAACGGUGGCGGACCAGUCGACGCUGCCAAGAUGGUCUCUCUCUUCAUGGGAGGAAACGGAAACACCACUGAGGCCGUUGCUGCCCGUGAGAUCCACGCUGCCAACGUCCUCCGCCGAUCUCUCGGUGAGCGUGCCGCCAGCGGUGGAACCAAGACCCCCAAGGGUACCUCUGAGACUGGUGUCAAGGCCGCAGCUGGUGCUGGUGCCGCCUCUGGCAUGCCCACCACCGCUGAUGACGGAACUGUCAACAUGAACUUCCACCAAGUCAACCAGGACGGUGCCGGCCCAUUGACCGCAAUGGUUGAUGCCACCUCCGGUGGAACCGACCCAACUGCCUUCAAGACCGCCACCGUCACCCAGAACGUCCCAGGUAUCGGCAUUGGCGGUCUCUCCGCUGCCUCCACCAUGGACUUCCCCGUCGCCAUCCAAAUGCCCGCUGGCAUGACCUGCUCCGGCUCAGUCGGUGGCGCCAGCAACGUCUGCGUUGCCAAGCUCCAGAACGCUGCUCUCGCCGGUCCCUUCGGUGGAUCCGUCGCAUUCACACAAUCCACUGCUGCCAAGAAGCGCGCCAUCGAGUACAACCUCAGCAAGCGCCGCUUCGCUCGCGCUCUCGCCCAGGAGGAAUAGAUUAUUAUUCCUUUCUAAUAUGAGACUGGUACGGGGUGUUUGAUACGAUGGACAUGUAAAUAAUCUUGAGCGUUGUAGAUUGGGUUUUCUUACUUCACAUUCUUGGUGGUGGAGAGGAGCUUGGGGAGUGAUGGUGGAAUUCCUUAAAAUAUAUUCUGAU